AUGAGUUCCGACUGGGCCAAAUACAGAGAGAAGAGUUCCGACUGGGCCAAAUACAGCCAGAAGAGUUCCGACUGGUCCAAAUACAGCCAGAAGAGUUCCGACUGGGCCAAAUACAGCCAGAAGAGUUCCAACUGGGCCAAAUACAGAGAGAAGAGUUCCGACUGGGCCAAAUACAGAGAGAAGAGUUCCAACUGGGCCAAAUACAGAGAGAAGAGUUCCAACUGGGCCAAAUACAGAGAGAAGAGUUCCAACUGGGCCAAAUACAGAGAGAAGAGUUCCGACUGGGCCAAAUACAGAGAGAAGAGUUCCAACUGGGCCAAAUACAUAGAGAAGAGUUCCAACUGGGCCAAAUACAGAGAGAAGAGUUCCGACUGGGCCAAAUACAGAGAGUACGCUAGGCUCGGCUCGGCUCGGCUCGGGAUGGUGCUGUACCUGAUCGGCCUGGGACUCGGGGACGCGGAGGACAUCACGGUGAAGGGUCUGGCUGCGGUCAGACGCUGCUCCCGCGUUUAUCUGGAAGUUUACACGUCCAUCCUCACGGUGGGGAAGGAGAAACUGGUGAGAGGACCGGACCGGACCGGACCGGACCGGACCGGACCGGACCGGGACUGGAGCAGUAUCAAAGCAAAUCCAAAGACAACUCGAAAGCAGGUCUAA